UUAGUUUACAGUGCACGUCACCGUUAUAAUCUUAAGGUUACGAUUUCUCUAUCAUCGUUUUCUACAGCUUUUUUUUUAUUCUAAGAGAAAAUUGUGAAUCUUCAAGUAAAUUAUGGGCACGGAGAUUAAAACAUGUUACAUAUAUUCUGAAGAUGACUCAAGACCUGCAAUUUUCUUGCCAGAUAAUAAAGAAGUAUUUGUUGGACGAAAUAUUGAGUCAAAAAUCACUGACACACAAUGUUCUAGACGCCAAGUGAGACUCUUCGCAAAUUAUGCGGAUCAAAGUGUUUCUGUGCAACAAAUAGGAAAUCGUUCGAGUGGUUUAAAUGGUUUUAAAAUUGACAAAGACGUGAAAAUUGUAGCUCAACAUAAUGAUCGUUUGGAAAUUCUUUAUGGAAAAUAUCCCUACACUAUAGAAUUUAAUCCACCGCCAGUGAAACAAAUGCUGACCUCAAAAGAAAAGAAACGUGCACACGAAUCAGAUUCCGAGUCCAAUGAUAAUAAUUUGAGUGAGAAGAAAAUAAAGAAGGAAUCUAGUCUUGACAGUAAUGAGGAUAGUUUGAAUUUUAGUCUUCCAUCCACAUGUUCAAAUAGUCAAGAAAAUUGUUUAUUAGAGACGAAAAAAAAAAUUUUGAAAACAGACAAAAAUUUACAACCAACAGAUAAAGAAAUAUGGGAGGAAUUUGGUAGAGGGACAUGUUUAGUUUUCACCAGUAAUGGAGUUAUUGGUCGUUCUAAAAUUGCCGCAUACGACAUGGAUAAAACUCUCAUAAAAACAAAAUCAGGACUCGAAUUUCCAAAAGACGCAAACGAUUGGCAAUUAUGGCAUCACGAGGUUCCGAAUAAAUUAAAAAAAUUACAUGCCGAUAAUUUUAAAAUUAUAAUAUUCACAAAUCAGGCUAGUUUAGGAACGGGUAAAAUAAAAGUCAGUGAUUUUAAGCUAAAAAUCGAGAGAAUUGUGAAAAAGAUAGGAACUCCAAUUCAGGUUUUUAUCGCUGUUGGUCACAGUCGUUUUAGAAAGCCUUGUACGGGAAUGUGGGAACUUUUAUCUAACGAAAAAAACGACGGAGUGUUAAUAAAUAAAGAGCAAUCAUUAUUUGUCGGUGAUGCGGCUGGUCGACCGGCUCACAAGGACACAAAACGAAAGAAGGAUCACUCAUUGGCUGAUCGAUUAUUGGCGAUGAAUUUAGGUUUACAAUUUCACACGCCUGAGGAGCAUUUUCUUGGUCAUAAACCUUCUGUCUAUAAUCCACCCGUUUUUCAUCCUAAAGAGGAGAUGAAGAAAAAAAUAGAAAUUUGCGAUCCACCGAACGCUGAAAUUACAUCCAAAGAACAGGAGAUUAUUGUCAUGGUUGGAUGUCCGGGUUCGGGAAAAUCUCACUUUGUCAAAACUUAUCUCACCGAUUACAAGUACGUGAAUAGAGAUACUUUGGGAAGUUGGCAGAAAUGUGUCGCCGAGACUGAAAGGGCUUUGGUACAGGGGAAAAGUGUUGUUGUCGAUAAUACAAAUCCAGACGAAUUGUCGCGGCAAAGAUACGUUGAUGUGGCCAAAAAACGAAAAGUUCAAGUCAGAUGCUUCGUAAUGGCGGCUAAUAAGGAACAUACCAAACAUAAUAAUAAGUUUCGCUGUCUGACUGAUCCGACGCAUGAAAAAAUCAGCGAUAUUAUUAUAAAUUCUUACAUCAACAUCGAAUCGAAGUUGGCCUGGCGUUGCAUAAGAUUUGUGAAACUCCUGCUACUUCUGUGUCUUCAGCUACAUACCUACUUCUUCUCAAAUCUUCAACCUUACAGAAAAAACUUCAAAGUUCCAAGUUUGGAGGAGGGAUUUAAAGAGGUGGUGAAAAUCAAUUUUGUCCCAAAGUUCCAGUCAGAUGAACAUCGUAAACUUUACGAAAUGUAUCUUCUUGAAAAUUGAUUUGUUUUUUUGUAUUCUUCAAAAUUUGUUUAUAAUUUUCAUCUCUUCGUAUAUUGAAAAUUUUUAAUUUCUCGAUUUUGUUCGUAACUUCGUAUAAUUGUGGAAAUAAAUAUAUGUAGUAUACUGUUUGUUCAUUCCUUCGUAAUUAUAGAAAUAAAUCAUUUCAGUUUAUUUAUUUUUUCAUUGUAGAUUAAUAUAAGUGUUGUCGAACAACGAAUUCUUAGACUGUUAUUGUAAAAUUAUGAGAACGACUUAAGAAAGAGAUUUUCUGCGUAUUUUGUAGUAGAGAUUUCUUUUUCUCUCUUGAAUUAUUUGUGAUUUGAAACUAUUACUAGAAAGUAUUUUUAAUAAACGAUUUUUUUUU